CUGAAAAUUAAAAGGAAAAGAGGAAAGUAGAAUGGAGUAGAAGAGCAUCGAAGAAAGCUAGAUCAGGCAGAUGCAGACUGUGAAGCAAAUUCCGGCGAUCCAAAUCCCAUGAUGAGAGGCACGAGAAAGUCGUCCAUCAGGAGACCCGCUCUCCUCCAUCUUCUCUGUGCCGCCGCCGUCUUCUCUCUCUUCUUUUUCGUCUUUCAAUUCUCUUCCUCGCCCGGAAACAACCGAAUCACAAAUGUUAACAAAGUCGAUAUUCAGAUACUGUCCGAUUUCCAGUCUGACGUUCAGCAAUGCGUGGCAAACAGAGGUCUUGGACUGGCUGCCAAGAUAAUAGAUCACUGCAAUUUGAUUCUCAAAUUUCCUGAAGGAACUAAUAGCACUUGGUACAAUGAGCAGUUUAAAAUAUUUGAGCCCUUGGAGUAUAAGUAUGAUGUUUGUGAAGCACUACUAUUGUGGGAGCAGUAUCGUAAUAUGACUACAGUGUUAACAAGAGAGUAUUUGGAUGCAAGGCCUGAUGGUUGGCUAGACUAUGCUCCAAAGAGGAUAGCACAGCUAGGAGCAAAGAAAUGUUACAAUAAGACUCUUUGUGAGGAACAUCUUAAUGUGCUUUUACCAGCAAAGCCACCUUUCCAUCCACGCCAGUUUCAAACUUGUGCCGUUGUUGGAAAUUCAGGAGAUCUCUUAAAGACAGAAUUUGGAAAUGAAAUUGACAGUCAUGACGCAGUUAUCAGAGACAACGAAGCCCCCGUUAAUGAGAAAUAUGCCAAACAUGUUGGUCUGAAGAGAGAUUUUCGCCUCGUAGUCAGGGGUGCCGCACGGAAUAUGAUUAAGAUUCUCGAUGGGUCAGAUGAUGAAGUGCUUAUAAUCAAAAGCCUCACUCAUAGAGAUUUCAAUGAAAUGAUAAAGAGGAUCCCGAAUCCCGUUUAUCUAUUCCAAGGUAUAGUGCUGCGUAGAGGUGCCAAAGGAACGGGAAUGAAAUCAAUUGAACUUGCUCUUUCCAUGUGUGACAUAGUCAACAUUUAUGGUUUCACCGUUGAUCCUGGAUAUACUGAGUGGACUAGGUACUUCUCAGCGCCGAGGAAAGGACACAAUCCACUUCAAGGGAGAGCAUACUACCAACUUCUAGAGUGCCUUGGUGUAAUUCGUAUCCAUUCACCAAUGAGAGCUGAGAGGAAGCAGGACUGGUCAGAUAUACCGAGUCGAGAAAAUAUAAGCAGGGCUCACUCGGCUGCUGUACGGCUAAAGAAGAAUCAAACUGGCCAAAAAGGUGAUGUGGGGCAAUUUCGUAACUGUAAAGUGUGGGGACAAUCAGGGCCUUAUGGUAGCGGGCCUGUGUCCGGUUCACCAGAUAUAAGCAGUGUGAGAAAGAAUUCGAAUUACAGCAAAUGGGAGACAAUGCCUUACGAGAAAUUAAGUAAAGGGGCACAAGACCAUUACACUCAGAUGGAAGGUGUAUCAAUUUAUUGGAGAUGGCGUGCUGUGACUAAUUGGCAUCCGUCCAUUGACCACAGUAAAGCCGCGCGUUAUGCUUCUGUGGGACUUUCAUGUGCUGACUUGUCAAUGAACUUUAGGACCAUACCAUCAACAUGUGAAACAGACACUUGUUUGGCGGACGUGCAUCCAGAAGUGAAGCUGAACGCUAGACCAGUGGCCGUCGAGAGGGAGUGCGUAAUGUACAUGGAUUACACAGAUCCCAAGACGCAAGUAUUUUUGGUUUAA